AACAACAACCUCUUGUGACACGUCAGUUUGCCGAGUAUCUAAAACAUCUAAUUUUUUACACGAAAUGGCACAACUUACAGCAGUUAUAUCCAAAUUUUACAAUGAAUAUCAUAGCAAAACUCCUAAGAAGUUAAAAGUUAUUGAUGCCUACCUCUUAUACAUUUUACUAACCGGUAUUGUACAAUUUGGUUAUUGCCUCCUCGUUGGAACAUUCCCAUUCAAUUCAUUCCUUAGUGGAUUUAUCUCUUGUGUGAGCUGUUUUGUAUUAGGUGUGUGCCUGAGACUGCAGGUGAAUCCAGAAAAUAAGAACCAGUUCUUUGGAAUUAGUCCGGAAAGAGGAUUUGCAGACUUUAUUUUUGCUCACGUGGUACUCCAUUUAGUAGUGAUGAAUUUCAUUGGUUAGUUUAUACAAUUUUAUAUGGUUUUAUAAUGUAAUUAUUAAGAAAAUAAAGUGUAAUAUCAAUA